AUGUCCAACCCCGCAGAAGGAUUCUUUGGCGGGCUUCUUCUCCAGGUCUUCAUAGCCUGCAUGCUGUACGGCGUCACAACUUUACAGACAUUCAUCUACUUCCAGCGCUACCCCGCAGAUGCGGCGUUUGUCAAGACUAUUGUUGCGAUUGUCUGGGUGGUAGAGACCAUCCACACGGCCUUCUGCAUGCGAUUCUCUUUCGCAUACCUGAUCGAUAACUUUGGAAAUGUCGAGUACUUCCUGCACCUCAAUUGGGGAGUCGGAAUAUCAGUGAUAGCGGAAGUCAUCGUCUCGACCGUCGUGCAAAUCUUCUACGUGCGUCGCGUGUGGAUCAUCAGCGAACACAGGAAGUUCCUCACUGGAGUGAUCGCGCUAUUCACACUACUCAGACUCGUUUUUGGUGCCGGAUCUGCAUACUUGUGUUACAGAUACCCCGAGUGGAUCCCUUUCAGGAAUCAGCCCGUGUCGUUAAUCACGGUCACCGGCGGUCUUGGCUGCGCCGCCGCCGCGGACCUCCUUGUUGCGCUGACUUUGUCAUACUAUCUCCUGCGCGGACGCACAAACUGGGACACCGCAGAGAGAAGCAAGAUCAGAAUGAUAGUUCUAUACGUUGUGAACACGGGAGCGAUUACAGGCGCGGCAUCGGUGCUGGCGGUCGUUCUAUUCUCCACACAGACCGCCAACCUCGUCUUCCUGGGAAUCGUCGAGAUCCAGGGGAAGCUCUACGCAAACUCCUUCCUUGGGAGGUAUGCUAGUCUCCUUGCCUCGUGUCUAACUUCUCGUCUGAAGAACCGGGCGUUGUGGUACAGCCUCAAUGCGCGUGAGCACAUCCGGGAGAGUCAGCCACCCUCGCGGCGUCUUGUGGACGAAUCGUUCGGCAACAUCAGGCUCAGGUCUCUUCCAUCUUCCCCGUCCACGGUCGCCGAAUGGGGAUGA